AUACACCAAUUCCAGACUUUUAAUCACCCUCCGCCAUGUUUGUUUAACGCGUCAAGCGAAAAUGAAGUACUUAGAAACAUCUGUCAGUUGUAUAAAAUGUAACCACACCCAGCCUUUUACAUUACCAGAUGACCUAUAUUUACACGUUAACUACACAAUCAUAUGGUUAUAAGUUAGGCCAUGAUAUAGGAUGUUAUGCAUUGGGAAAAUUAAAACGGAAGAUGAAUAGUUGCGACUGUGUUUAUUAUUUGGAAUUACAAUGUUUUAAAGUAUGGAUUAUUUAAUUUCAAACGUGGAAUUUUUGUGAAAUCAUUUUCCUGACGAAAUGAAUGGUAAAAAGAAUUCGUCAGGAUGUAAGAUUUCAAGAUCAAUGCCGUUUUUAAAAUAUAAUGUGUUCAAAUGUGUUAAGAACUAAUCGGUUCAGUGUUAAGUUCUUAUUCUCAUUAAUCACUAUAGUAAACUGUGCGAUUUUGUGUAGUGGAAUUUCACUUUCCGAACUCUACCCCUUCAAUUCAACGUAUGGAGACCAACUAACACCAACAAUUGACGACGGUGGUUCCGAUAAAAUUAAAUUAAAAAGAACAUUCAAAUUCUUUGGAAAAAAUUACACCAAUCUUUACGUGAACAAUAACGGGAUACUUACUUUUAAAAACAAGUUGGAAACAUACAAACCACAACCUUUUCCGUCCAAAGAAAACCGAUCUAUCAUUGCUCCAUUUUGGGCGGAUGUAGACACUGAACACAUUGGCGGAACCGUCUGGUUCAGAGAAACGUUUGAACAAGCUUUUCUUGACAAAGCAACAGAAGAAUUAAGAAGCUACUUCCGAGAACAACGUUCAUUUACAGCUAAGUGGAUGUUCAUCGUGACGUGGGAAAAUGUAGGAUAUUACGGUGCUUCACGCCAGGGCAGAGAUAGACGCAAUACGUUUCAAGCUGUAUUGGUAGCUGACGAUAUACACUCUUUCGUGAUAUUUAACUACAACAAAAUACAGUGGACCACGGGUUCUAACAGUGGAGGUAAUACUUUGACAGGAUUAGGAGGACAGCCUGCUCAGGCUGGAUUCAAUGCUGGGGAUCAGAAAAACUAUUACUCAAUAGAAGGUGCCCAGACCGACGCUGUUAUUAACCUUACUUUAACAAGUAAUGUUGGUAUACAAGGGAAGUGGGUAUUCCAAGUUGACGACGACAUAGACGAUAAAAAAUGUAAUAAUGUUGAAGACAUCGUAUUAUCACCGUCGUAUGGAAACAUGCUUGGUGGAAACAAAGUUAACAUUACUGGACCAUGUGCUUAUCAAGAGUAUAAACCUAUGGCCUAUAUUGUGGAAACAAACACUAAUAUCACGUGCACACAUGUCUCUGAUGAUACUGUUGCAUGCGUUUUCCCGCCAAUGUUUAGAACUGGCGAGAUAACGAUUCUAUAUAACCCUUACGAAGAGGGUUGGAACUAUUCUGCUUUGUACAUGAUAACUAACGUAAUGAAAAAGAAAAAUGAUUUAAUACGACGAAGUCCAGAUGAUUGGAUUAUUGGUGAUAGUGUCAAUUUAUCUUGGAAUUUUAGUUUAAUUCCGUCCCAGUCUGUACAGUUAGAUGUUUUAUAUUAUUCGAAUGAAUAUAAGCCAAGUUUGAAUACAGUUCAAUCUAAUGUGAUUUAUGCAAACGAUGCCAGAAAUGGUGAACACAAAUUUGUUUUAUCCGAGAGUUUGAAUGAUCAUUCUCUUGCUAUUAUACGUCUUUCAUGGAAUGAAAGCUCAUACGGACAAUUGAUAACUCCUAUGAUCUGGUCCGAUUUUUUCCCAGUACGAUGGAAGAAUUCUGGGAAGUCGGUAUCGUGGUGUAACGCAUGGUUAAAUGAUGAAAAGAAAAGAUCAAAUCUAACUGACAUUUCAUCUUCAUGUCCAUGUACAUUAACUCAAGCAGUGCGCGAUGUGGGACGUUAUCACGCGGAUCCUUUGUGUAAUUUGGACAAUUUAGAUAGUGUUUCAAAUUGUAUAUAUCAUUCCAAUGCUUCUCACUGUAUUCGACGGAAUUUUAACAUUCAUACAUCUACAGGAGAACUGUGUUGCUAUGAUAAGGAAGGUGAACUAUUAGACAUUCGGGAUAAUCCGAGUGGUGGCACACACAAUCGAUACCACUAUCAAUCUCAGGGAGAUACUAUUGUGCCUUAUUUUUCAUUUUUUACCGAGGACAUGUUGCCUUACUUACAUUGUUGCCAGUAUUCUAAAAAUUCACAAAUGUGCCAAAACUUUCAGAGGUCACGACCUCCAACGACGUGUGAAUCAUACAAUCCACCUGCACCUGCUAAAGCAGCUGGUGAUCCACAUUUAACAACGCUUGAUGGAUUAGAUUAUACGUUUAAUGGUAUUGACGAUUUUAUAUUAGUUGAAGACACAAAUGGCAGUGUUGUUAUACAAGUGCGAGCUGUUCAAGCAAAAGAUCCGAAUGGUACACCACAAAAUGCCACAGUGUUCUCUGCAGUAGCUUUUACGGUCCGUAAUUUGUCUGAUAUAGUUGAAGUUUAUCAAACAGAAACAGGAGAAGCCAGAAUUCUUGUAAAUGGUAAAACGCACAAAAUGGACAGUGUAUCUACCUCAGAAUUAAAAGAUGUGACCAUAUCAAGAAAUAAAUCAAAUGAAGAUGUAGAUACAAUAUUGAUUGUGUCCGAGGUAAUCAAUCUGUCUAUAUCAUUGGAAGUGUCUACUGAUCUCAUUAACAUACUAGUCAUGAUGGGAGAAGAAUCAUUAAAAGGUGCGCUUAGAGGUUUAUUGGGUAAUUUUAAUGGUAAUUCAUCCGACGAUUUCAUCGCAAGAAAUGAAUCUUUUAUAUCAUCAUCCUCUCCAAUGGAUGUAAUUCAUCAUCAGUUUGGAAUGACUUGGAGCGUCAAUGAAACGGAAAAUUUGUUCAGUGAGACAUCUCAAGUUCCAGUAGCAUAUGAACCUGUUUUCACUGUAAAUAAAUCUGAUCUUAGACCAGACACAGAAACAAUUUGUAAAGACAAUCAACAGUGUAAAUUUGACCUUCAAGUUACUAACAACUCAAAACUAGCAGCAAGUACACUUGUUUUUGAUGAGAAAUUUAAACAGAUUCAGCAGGAUGUUGAGAAAGUUAUCCGAUGUCCAUACCUAGCAACACCGGAGAAUGGCAACAAAUUAGUUAGCGGACAUUCUGUUGGGGAUAAUGCUACAUUUUGGUGUCUGCCAUCAUUUCAAAUGCUUUGUUCGUAUGGUUACGAGUGUCAUCGGAGGAUUUGCCUGGAAGAUGGAACUUGGUCUAAUGCGGUAGCUUUCUGUCCUGAAAAAAUCGAUACAGGGAAAGAGCAGGAAAUUUUGCCUGUUGCGGCUGGAUCUGCAGGUGGAGCAGGAAUUGUUCUUAUAUGUGUUGUUGUUUUUUGUUUAUGUUAUCGACGACGACAGGUGCCAAAGCCAGAUGCAGAAAUGUCAACAUUGACAGAUAUUUUACCACUUCCAGACCUUGACAUUCCUCAUUCAGAUACGUCUGUUUUUGAAAACCAGGCUUUUCUUGAUAGUUUAAGGCAUUUACAUGUAGGAGGACCUUACAGAAUUCCUCGUCCGAAUUUUGUGGAUCCAGAUUUAUUUGACGAGUUUUUCUAGUCCGUGAAAGCUACACAAAGUGCUAAAUAUAUGUAAAGAGUAGUUUUGUUAGAUGUGUUGACUCUGAGGUGUGAUUCUCAUAAAGAAUGAAUGGAUUGCUAAAUAAACGAAUUCGAGUCGGACGUGUGUGAGUGUGUGGUAGAUGUAGUGUUGACCGUAAACAUGUGUACAUAUGUGUGCGUGUGUGUGUUUUGUAGAUUUGACUGUGAAUUUCUAGUCCUUUAUAAUUCAUGAAAUGGGAUAUGUUGCUGAGUUGAGAAUGUGUGUCUUUCUACUAUUUGUAUAUAAUAUUGAGGGAUCCAAAUUUAAGUAUUUUUUACGUUUUUAAUUAAAAUAAAUGUUACUGUGAUUCGAAUAAACUGUAAAUGUAUCUGAUUAUAAAUAUUGAGACUAGCUACAAACAUUAGCCAAGAACAAAGAAAUCACGUGCAAUACAUUCUUAGGGCUAUGCAUUUAGAUUGGUGCUUAGGUGUACAUCUGUAAGUUUACUUAUAUAUAAAAUAAACAGUUCUAGAAUAAUAUGAUGUGUAUUUUUGUGAUUAUAAAUUAAAACGUCUACAAGAGUUCAUAUGACUGUAAUAUAUGUUUGUAAAUGAUGAUAAUGUAGUAUUUGUUUAUAAUUUCUCAACAACCAUUUUUAUUGAAUUCGUUGAAAAUAAAUUUGAUAUGAAGAUAGA